CAUUAUGUCUAGGCAUUUCCUUUUAUGGAUAACAAUAAUUCAUUAUCACAACCAAAGGACUGAAUCAAUAGCCUUUCUCUUGAUUUCAGACAACUAAACUUAUGUGAAUGGUUUCGCAAGACGCAAAGAUGAUGGACUCUGAACUUUCAACAGAGAGCCCAGAUUCAUAUGAGAAUGUUUUCUGCAACCCAGUUUUCCAGCUUGAUGAAGAAAAUGAGGAAAGCAAAGGACAUUUUAAAAUAGACAUCUACCUUGAACCUGCUAAAGCACCAGCUGCAGGUCCCGGUGUGGUCAGUGACUGUGUGAUGACUAUAAGAGGUCAGCUGGCUGGUCAUGGAGCAGUAAUCGUGUCGGCCGGUGUGCUGUUGACCGCAGCUGUGCUUUGCCUCAUUCUGCUCCUCGUUCUCAGACAUGUUAGGAAUAAUACAGGAGAGAUUUUCCCUUUAGACUCUCGGCCUGGAGACAGAUCUUCACAGAAUCUUUCUCUGAGUCCCACUUCCCCUCUUCCCAUGAACACUUCCACACUCUCACUGCCUGGAAAAAAGCCCAUCUUCCUUACAAGCUGUGGCGGCGAGCUGACAGACUCCUGGGGGACGCUCAGCUCUCCCAAUCACCCCGGCCCGUAUCCUCCAGACUCUCACUGUGUUUGGGUGAUCAGGGUGUCUCCUCCGCUCCUCCUGCAGAUACACGUGUCUUCUCUGGCCCUCGAGGGACCCUCUCCUUGCUUGUUUGACUGGCUAGAAGUCAGAGAAGAGACAGAGAAGACAUCUGCUGUCACAAGAUUCUGUGGCAGCGUCGCUCCACCUACACUGAACACAAACAGCAGCACUGUGCUGGUGUCCUUUCAUUCUGAUGGGAGUAUCAGCGGCAAUGGCUUCACUGUACAGUAUCAUUCUGUAUUACCAGGACAGAAAAGCUGUUCCAGAGAAGAGUUCAUGUGUGACGGUGGUCGUUGUUUGCUACCCGUUUCUGUUUGUGAUGGCCAGCCAAACUGUCAGGACAGAUCAGACGAAGCCAACUGCAGCCAGAAACACAAGGAGUGUGGAGGAAAAAUAACAGGGGAGUAUGGAUCGUUGUCCAGUCCAAACCAUCCAAAGCCUUACCCACAUAAACAGUUGUGUUCAUGGCAAAUCUCUGUGGAAGAUGGACAAGUGAUUAGACUGAGUUUUCAGAACUUUAGUCUGGAAACACAGGAUGUGUGUGAGUUUGACUAUGUGGAGGUUUAUGACGGCGCAGACACAGAUGCAAGCACUCUGCUGGGCAGAUUUUGUGGGCCAGCUCUGCCUCCUGAUCUCACCUCCUCUGGUCCUGUGAUGACCGUGCUGUUUGUGGCAGAUGAAGGUGUUGCAGACAGUGGCUUUUAUGCAUCGUUUAUGGCCAUGUUUCUUUCAGAAAGAACAUGCGGUCCAGCAGAGUUUGCGUGCGGCUCCGGGGAAUGUCUGCACCAGGACUGGCUGUGUGAUGGAUGGAGCGACUGCGCAGACGCUGCAGACGAGCACCACUGCAUUAACUCCACCUAUCCUCCUUUCAUUUCAUCUUGUGAACCCAUCCAGAUUGAAAUGUGCAGAGGUCUAAGCUAUAAUCUCACGUCCUUUCCAAACAUCUGGCUGUCUAUUUCUGACCAGAGAGAAGCUGCUUCUAUUCUGCACAAGUACAGGGUGCUGAUGGAGUUUGGCUGUUUCGAAUCCUUCCGGCGGCUGGUGUGCGGGGUGUUUGUUCCUCACUGCAGCGCUCAGAGUGGAGUCCUGCAGCCGUGUCAGUCCGUCUGCUCCAGCGCUGAGCAGCAGUGCAGUCAAACCCUGACCCUGCUCAGUCUGACCUGGCCCUUCAGCUGUCACCUGCUGCCCGCGUCACACGACCCCACCGAGUGCUCCCUGCCAUAGACAUGGACUAAUAAGUGUUGUUCAUUUUAUUUUUUACUCUUCAACCAAAAAAACCAAAAGCACUUUGUAACCAUAAUCUGAGUCGUCUCUGUGGGAUUAGAAGAUUUAUAAAGUGUGACAUAUGGAGAAUGUCCUAAAACGUGUUGACAGAUUACAGCUUAUUAAGCUACUGUGAGAUUUCAUUCAAAUAAACAGUUAUCUAGUUUGUGUUUCAGUUUGUG